AUGUCGACCUCGCCAAGAGUCUUCGUAACCGGAGUUUCGGGGUACGUCGGCGGACACACUGUCUUGCGAAUCUUUGAAAACCAUCCAGAGUGGCAUGUCGUUCUCCUAGUCCGAAACGAAGAGCAAAAGAAAAUCGUGCUUGCGAAAUGGCCACAAGCGGAAGUUGUCAUUGGCGAAUUGGAUGACAAGGACUUGCUGAUUAGCCAAGGCUCGAAGGCAGAUGUCGUGCUUCAGACAGCAUCUGCCGAUCAUAUUCCUGGGGUUCUCGCGCUCAUUGAGGGUCUUAGCCAGAAGAAACCCACUCCUGGCUAUUUCCUUCAAGUCACUGGAACUGGCAUGCUGAAUGAUGUUCCAAACGGAUUCGGUUACCCAUCCGACAAGAUCUAUCACGAUAUUGCUGAUCUAGCUGAACUCACUUCGCUGCCGCUUGAAAACCACGUUCAUCGCGAUGUCGAGAAGGCCGUUCUCGAGGCACAAAAGAAGUUCGGUGUUCCAACAGCAAUCGUGUCUCCACCCUUGAUUCAUGGUAUUGGCAAGGGACCAAUCAAGACUCGCAGUAUUCAGAUCCCGUUUAUGGCAGAGUCUGUCUUGAAAAGGGGUAAAGGUUUUCAGAUACUUGAGGGUCAAAAUAUUUGGGAUGCUACUCAUAUCGACGACGUAGCUUCAGCUUUCAUCCUCCUCACUGAAGAAGCAUUGAAGCCCAACGGUGGAAAGGCCCAGUGGGGCGACGAUGGCUACUAUUUCGCGGGUGGACCACAGUUUAAAUGGGGAGAAGUCGCAGCGACAAUCGCAAACUCGGCUUUCAAGGAUGGAUUGAUCAAGUCUGCCGAAAUCGACAAGCUCUCCGUCGCAGAAACUUCAGCACUUCACCCAUGGGCUCCCCUUAUUUGGGGAGGCAAUUGCAGAAGUCGAUCUGAUAGACUCCAUCAGCUUGGUUGGAAACCACAAGGACCGAGUGUCUUCGAGAGCAUCCCAUCAAUGGUGCAAGCGGAAGCCAAGACAUUAGGCACCCAGUCUUCAAAGACCACGUUCGACAAGUAAAUAGCAAUGUUCAGUGUGACGUGGAGUAAUGAUCGUAGAAGGAUGAGCAAGGGAAAUGGGUGUAGCUAGGAAUUUCAAUGUUAC